AACACGACGGCACUUGGGCCUCAGCCCUCGGCCCCUCGGCUCUCAGGCGGCGUUCGCCAGUGUCAUGCCAACCAGCGCGGUGUAAGGUUGUGUUGGUUCCGCAGUUGACAUGAAUUUAUCUUAUAGCCAGUACAGGAAGAGAUGGGAGGCGCUGUUCCCCACGCCUUACAGCUUCAUCAUAUUCAUCGUGUACAUGGCAUUAUUCAUCAACCAAGGCAUCACGGUGACAGCCUCACAGCGCGCCGACAGCAGCUACAGCUACAACACUGUGACAGUGGUGCUGCUCACAGAGGUUACCAAGCUGAUUGCCUCCAUCUUGAUCUACCUGAAGGACAACUCCAUAUGCAGACUUUUAGAUGAUGUCAAACUACAUGCAUACAUCCUGGUGUUAUACAUGGUGCCUGCCCUCCUGUACUGCCUUUACAACAAUCUUGCCUUUGUCAACCUUGCUGCAUUUGACCCCACCACCUACUUCAUGUUGCUUCAGCUAAGGGUUGUGGUCACAGGCAUAGUCUUCCAGGUAAUCUUCAAGAAGCAGCUGAGCAGAAGACAGUGGGUGUCCCUUAUCAUCCUGACUGUGGGUUGUGUCAUCAAGCAGCUCAGCACAAGCAAAAAAAAACUCAAUGAUGCGGGGACAGAACCCACAACAGGAGUGGCCAUUGUACUGUCCAACCUCUCCUCUGUCUACACUCUACUCCUUCUAGUCCAGAUCUUUUGUUCAUGCUUUGCUGGAGUGUAUAAUGAAAAGCUGCUGAAGGACACAGGAGUGGAGGUGCCCAUCAUGAUGCAGAAUAUCUUCAUGUACAUUGACUCCAUCCUCUGUGGGGGGGUGGUGUUGGCCAUCAGGGGGGAGCUGACAUCUGCCUUCACCUCAUUUGCUCUAUCACAGGUGUGGAGGCCUAGUGUGGUGGUAGUAAUCCUGAAUAAUGCUGCAGUGGGCAUUGUGACAAGCCUGUUCCUCAAAAACCUGAACUCCAUCCUCAAGACAUUUGCCUCAGCCCUUGAACUGGUGUUCAUUGCCAUCCUCUCAUGGAUCAUAUUCUCCAUUCCCAUUGACAUGUGGACUGUGAUGGCCAUUGGUCUGGUGACUUAUGCAACCUUCAUGUAUGCCCAGAACCCAGUAGUGAACAGAGGCCGGCUCGACGAGGUGGAGAAGGGAAGGGAAAAGGUUCCUAUCCCCUGAGUAUCCUGUCAGCUGUUUAUCAAGUAUGUAUUAGGUUGUGAAUGCUCUUUGUGAGGUAUGGGUGGUGAUGUGUUGUCAGGUUAUCAUUUGUUACUGUGAUUCUUUGCUUGAGACACAGCUGUACUAAUGCUAUUAGUGGGAUGUUGAUCUCUUCAAAUGCCAAAAAAAAGAUGUGUCACUAGCUUCUCUUUAUUGAUAUGUCUGAUUAUUUUCAUUAUUUUGUUAUUAUUAUUAUUAUUAUUUCAUUUAUUUAUGUAUUUAUUUAUUAAUUUUAUUAUUAUUAUUAAAUUUUAUUAUUAUUAUUAUUAUUAUUGUUAUUAUUAUUAUUAUUAUUGUUAUUAUUGUUAUUAUUCUUAUUGUUAUUAUUAUUAUUAUUAUUAUAUUAUUAUUAUUAUUAUUAUUAUUAUUAUUAUUAUUAUUAUUAUUAUCAUAUUGUUAUUGUUAUUAUUAUUAUUAUUAUUAUUAUUAUUAUUAUUAUUAUUAUUAUUAUUAUUAUUAUUGUUAUUAUCUUCAGAAAACUAAUAAGGAGAUGGUGACUUGUUGCUUUUAUUGUAUUGUUUGGUUUUCUUUUCAAUUUUUAAUCUUGGGUAGAGGUUCACUUUCAGAACAGAAAAGCUGUUCAUAAAGGGACUAUUGCAUACAGUAGUAUGAUCCUCAGUGUGGAGUAUGACAAAAGAGAAAUAUUCAUAUGUCUAGAUAUGAGUGAGCUGCAGUCUCCCAAGUGGCUGCAUGAUGAAAAAUUUACUUGAGAUGUCAUGCAACACACUGUUUAUACAAUGACAUUACAUGUUGCAUAUUCUCCUUCUUCAGGAAGCCUUAAGGUAUUGCAUUUUACUUGAAUCACUGUUCACAUACUGUACAUACACAUGCAUUAAUAUGACCUGUUUCCCGAGGUCAUGUUAAUGCAUAUGUAUAUACAGUAUGUGUGCAGUGAGGAGAAUAAAUAUUACUGAAAAUUUCAGUCUUAAAACUGAGAUGUCCUUGUUUGCUUCUUGAAGGAAAAAAGAUGGAGCCAGCCAUUCGAAGGAAAGUACAGCCACACCUUGUCCUCAGUCAGCAGUGCUGUUCCACAACACAGCAUGGAGUGUGUGGCAAACUUCAGGACUUAUUAUAGUCAAGUAUCACUUGCCUACUUAUCUUGCCCACUACAUCAUGAAGUUAUGGUCUUCAGAAUUUAAUAAAAUGAACUGAUGACAAA